CUCCGGCGCACGCGCCCUGGUGACUAGCGGGGCGGAAACUGGACGCCCGAGCCCCCGCCCGGCCUUGGGGCUCGGGCUAAGCGCAGCCUCUGGCGGCCGGGUGUGUUGACGGUGGGGAAGAAGUUUAGCAGCCUGUGAGAGCAAGGAGGGAGGCCGGGAGGAGGAUGCGGCUUGGCCGGGGCGCCCGCUGCAGGAGCUCGCCGCCGCCUCAGCCUCGGCCCCCGGGGCCGCCGAGGGUCCACCCGCCGCCCCGCGUGUCCGGCUAAAUUACUCAAGUUUGUGGGAAACUAUAUGAAUCUUAAGCCUGUUAUAAGGUGGCAAUGUCUCGGGAACCUACUCCACCGCUGCCUGGAGAUAUGUCUCCUAGCCCUGUUGCAGAAAGCUGGUGUUACACACAGGUUAAAGUGGUGAAAUUUUCCUACAUGUGGACUAUUAAUAACUUCAGUUUUUGUCGAGAAGAAAUGGGUGAAGUGUUAAAGAGUUCAACAUUUUCUUCUGGCCCAAAUGAUAAAAUGAAAUGGUGCCUGAGGGUAAACCCAAAGGGAUUAGAUGAUGAAAGUAAAGACUAUUUGUCCUUAUAUUUGCUUUUAGUCAGCUGCCCAAAAAGUGAGGUUCGAGCAAAAUUCAAAUUUUCCCUUCUGAAUGCUAAAAGGGAAGAAACAAAAGCAAUGGAAAGCCAAAGAGCUUAUCGAUUUGUACAGGGGAAGGACUGGGGAUUUAAAAAAUUCAUUAGAAGAGAUUUUUUGCUUGAUGAAGCCAAUGGUCUCUUACCAGAUGACAAGCUUACAUUAUUCUGUGAGGUGAGUGUGGUUCAAGAUUCAGUCAAUGUCUCAGGACAUACAAAUACAAACACUUUGAAGGUGCCGGAAUGUCGACUAGCAGAAGACUUAGGUAAUCUCUGGGAAAACACAAGAUUUACAGAUUGCUGCUUUUUUGUGAGAGGAAAAGAAUUCAAAGCUCAUAAGUCUGUGCUUGCAGCUCGAUCCCCAGUUUUUAAUGCAAUGUUUGAACAUGAAAUGGAAGAAUGCAAAAAGAAUCGAGUGGAAAUAAAUGAUUUAGACCCUGAGGUUUUUAAAGAAAUGAUGAGAUUCGUUUACACAGGGAAAGCACCAAAUCUUGAUAAAAUGGCCGACAACUUGUUGGCAGCUGCAGACAAAUAUGCACUGGAACGGCUGAAGGUCAUGUGUGAAGAAGCUUUGUGUAGUAGCCUCUCAGUAGAAAAUGUUGCUGAUACCCUUGUCCUUGCAGAUUUGCACAGUGCAGAACAGUUGAAAGCCCAGGCAAUAGACUUUAUUAAUAGGUGCAGCGUACUUCGACAACUUGGAUGUAAGGAUGGGAAAAACUGGAAUAACAACCAAGCAACUGACAUCAUGGAAACAGCAGGGUGGAAGUCUAUGAUUCAGUCUCAUCCUCAUUUAGUGGCAGAAGCCUUCCGAGCACUAGCAUCUGCACAGUGUCCACAGUUUGGUAUUCCACGCAAACGGCUAAAGCAGUCUUGAGUCUUCCAUGGACAGUAGGAAAAUUGAUUGCCUUUACUCCCCCAGGUCCAGAAGGAUUCCAAUACAAACCAUAAGCAACAGUUGUUUCUGUCUCUUGUCCGCAGAACAAAAGCUAGAGAAGCAUAUUGCUUGCUUUCAGGUGGAUAAUUUAUGGUUUAUACUUCAGCUUUAAAUCAGACUGAUUAAUUCACUUCAAGGCCUUAAAUUAUCUUCAGUGACUUCUCUUGUUCAUAAUAGUUUAAUUUUUUUAUUGUGCCUUGUCAGUUUGCCAAGGCUAUGCAGGAUUGCACUAGCUCCACGAUGCAGUAAUAUUGAUAACUGAAGAUACUGAGUUUAAAAAGGAUCUUCCAUUAUUUUGGAAACAAAAGAAUUUUAUAGGUUUUGUUUUAUGCAAUCUCCAAGUUUAAAACUAGGUUCUCCUGGAUUUGGAGAUUGCCAGAGGCGCCUCCAGUCUCAGUUCUGUUGACACUAAAGAGCCUAUUACUGUUGAGGUAAGUGGUGGCCACACACUGCUCUGGUUAAUUUAUUUUUCAUUUCAUGGGGCAGAUAAGUAAUGAGUUGGCCUAAACUUUUAGUAAAAUUUUUGGUGUUUAUCUGUAUAUUAACUGCUCAAGAAACUGGGUUUAUGUGCAUUUCAAUGAUUGAGAAAUGAUUUGAAGUUAAGAUUUCAGUAAAAAGAAAGCAUGGUUUUUGCUGUGUUAAAUUUAUAAUGACUUACAUUUGAAAGAAUAAUUUAGUAGAUGUUAAAGUCAGGAUGACCAAAUGUACAUUUCAUGAGUGGGCCAAUUAAGAAAGAUAUAUAUAUAUAUAUAUGCACUUUUAAUGUGUAAUUUUUCUAUGAUGAAUGGUACAUAUAUAUUUUUUUUCCUUUUGAGGGGAUUAAUAAGGUAUAAUUACGUUUAAACAUUUAAAACAAGUUUAUAUGACACAUGGAGCCAACUUGAUGUUUGUGAUAAUAGAUAAACAUUUGCUUGAUUAUAGAUUAAUUGAUUUGGAUUUCAAAUAGUCAUUAUUGAAUUUAUUACUAUUUUAUCACGCUUGGAAAAGGCACCUAACAAUAAAUGAGUCCUGUACAUUCUACUUCCUUUUAAACAAUGAAUGGAUAAUAUUUGCCUGUGGGAGAUGUGUGGGAAAGUAGAGGACCCUCUGAAAGUGUGUGCAGCCUCAUUAGGAAACUUUAUUUCCCCUUGUUUUCUCCUUGGUGACUCACUUACUGAUUAACUGUAGAUUGCUGAAGUUUUACAUAAUGUGAACAGGAUAAACGAUAUCAGCUGUUUUUCAUGAGCCAGUUCUUUAUUAUGAAUUUAGCUUUACACACAAAAAUGUUUGGAGGUUGGAAAUUAUUGUGAGAUGUGUUCUGAUGCCUUGUCCUAGAGAAGCAGAAGUGGUCAGUGUCAGAUCAUAUAUGAUGGAAGCAUGGUAGUAUGCUUCCUACAUAAAGACAGAGCAUGUUGCUGGAAAAACAGGUACAUAUGCCUGUAUGUUUGCAUUUAAAGCUUUAUUUCCCAUAUUAAAAUUUGUGUAAUUUGUUUAUUUAGUCUUAAAAUUCAGAACAAAAUAAUUAAGCAUAUGGUUUUAAAAUAGACUUUAUUGUUACUAUAGCUUUAUUGGAUGUUAACUGAAGCAAUUCUAAAAUACUUACAUUGAGAAAAUAUUAUCAAAUUAGCACAGUUCAAAAGAGCAAACAAGCAAAAAUCUAUUUUUAGAUAUUUUAGUUUGAGUCUUUCUUGUUUUACAUUAAAAUGGAACAAAUUAUCUGUGAUAGAAGAGAAGUUUUUCAGCUGACAAUGGGCUUCACCCUGUAUAGGAGAAUCAUGACAAGCAAAAAUUUACUCCCUUAAUUUCAUCGUAAUAUGAAGCCUAUUACCUUAACAUUGUACAAUUUUAAAAUACACAACACACACACACACACACACACACACAUUAUAUAUAUAUAUAUAUAUAUAUAUAUAUACAUACAUACAUACAUACAUACAUACAUAUAUACUUUUAUUACAAGAUUUUCCUGUGGUCUUACUAAAAAACAAAGAUGUCAGUCAGCUAUGAAAUACAUUGUCCGUAUCAUAAAAACACUGAACUCUAUAUACCACAUAUUGUAAACUGAUUCUCAUUAAUUUGGUCUACAUUCUAAAUACAAUAAAAUACAAUGAAAUAUAAUGACCAUAUAGUGGUCAUUAUAAAUGUUUAUUGAUCUUAAGGAUUUUCUUAUAAAGAUUUUUGUUUUUAGUUUGCUAACAUAUUUUCUACCAAAAAUGUCAAACACUGUGCUCUACAAAUGUCAGUGUUAUCUGAAAUGUCCACUUUUCUGAUAAUACAAUACCUACCAUUAUACCCACAGAAUCAUUCAAUGUUUUGUUUUUUAUGUAUAUUUUAGUAGCAUAUUUUAGGUUCUUGAGUCAGUGAUAAGAGGCUGUUAAUGUAUUCUUAUUGAAGUGUCAUAAUAGCAUUUCCCCCACGGACCUCCCCCAUUUUUAAACUAUAUAAAACUUGGCCAAAAUAGGUACGAAUUCUGUCUAAUGUAAUCUUUGUCUUUUAAGUUACCAGUUUGCUCCUAUUACCCUCGAGUCACCCAAACAAAGCUUUCCUCACAACACAAGGAGUGGUUUUAAAUAUUACAAUUAAGAAAUGUAGCCAAUGGAAAACUGUUCUUUGGACUAAGAUUUAGAAACACUGUUAUUUGUGCCUUUUUCAUUUUUUACGUUUAGUGUGUUUGAUAUUUGGAGCACAAAUAUGAAGGUGCCAUAAUAUGGCUUGCUGAUGUUACCUCCUUAAAUCCUUCUCUGUCACUGUCUUCAGAUAGCUGUUGGAGAACCUUGAAUCAAAUGUGGUCAUUUGUGUGAGGUAUGUAUGUGUUUGUAUCUGUAUUCCCUUGGGCUGUGUGUAAUAUGUUUAAGACUGAAUUUAUGAAAAUAGGACUUAGUUAAAAUAUGCUGAAAGUUCAGAUUAAUUGAUGUAUCUCAUUUUAGUGUGCUUUAUUUAAGAAGACAGUGGAUUGCCAGAAGACAGUGUAAUCCUCAAAACUGUGACCAGCAUUCUGCAUGAUAAAAUAGGAAAACAGUGCUGGUUUAGGAUAUCAAGUAUAAUUAAAAUUUAAAAUUAUUGCUUUACAUAUCUUAAAAGUGUCAUGAGCAUUACUGUUUUAUUUUUUAACUAGAUCUAAUUGAAAGUUUAAAUUGUCAAAGAUAUUAAUUUGCCCGUUUAAAGUUUUGUAUAUAAAUUCUAAGAAUUUUUUAUAUAAAAUUAUAGAUAAGGACUUUGAGAGUGGUUCAGUGAUAGAGUGCUUAUCAACAUUUGUGAUCCCUGGGUUGGAUCCAUAGCACCACCAAAACACACAAAAAAUGAGGAAUCAAAGAUAGUAUUCCUUGUUAGAGAAAUACAACAAAGACUUGUGUAAGUUUUAUGAAAAUCCAACCCAGUAAGUUUUACUAAAAGCCACAUUCAUGGAGAGGUAGACUAACCUGACUUGGACAUGCCUGGUCUUAAGUGAGUGGAUGAGUGAGUUGUUUCAGUGUUCUCAGAGUAUAAAUACAGCACUUUCAGCACAUGUGAGAAUAUUUUGCAAACCUUUUUAUAUAUAGAUUGUGAGCUCCAGUUUAAGUGUUCAUGGAAUGAUGUCAAUGUUAGGUCUCUCUGAACAAAUACUGAGUGCCUCAAAUGCAAGACUUCUUCACUAGGAAUGAAAUCACACUGUAUCUUCUGUUGUUGUAUGUGAACUUUAUGUCUGAGAAGGAAUACUUAUAUUUAAAUAUUUUCCUGUUAGUAAAGCUUAUUGUAUACUAUAAUCUAGUUAAUUUUGCAUUGCUUAAAAGUGAAUUGAGCCCAUUUAUGGAAAUAAAGUUCUGCUAAAAUUAUUUAUUAGUUCUGAAGGAAGUUGACUUCAAGAUUCAGAUAUAUAAACAUUUAACUUUUCGGCCUUUAUUUAAUCAAUCGGUGUUUUAUGAUGAGAUACAUACUAUUUGUGUCUUGAUGUUGGAAAUAGAUUUUGUGUUUCAGCACGUUGAGUUAAAAUAAAAUUGUUACUACUUAUUCAGAAUUAA